AUGAAACGCCAAGAGAAGCAGGUGAAAGGCGAGGACACAAUCAUACCUCUAGAGAAAAGACAUGUCUAUGCCACAAUUGUUUCUCAUGAUGGCCGAGCCAUUACCAUUGAUGGUCACCGCCGAGUUCUCCUCUCUGGUUCGAUCCAUUAUCCUAGAAGCACUCCUGAGAUGUGGCCGGACCUUAUCAAAAAAGGUAAAGAAGGAGGUCUUGAUGCGAUUGAAACUUAUGUCUUCUGGAAUGCGCAUGAGCCUACUCGCCGUCAAUAUGAUUUUUCUGGAAAAUUAGAUCUUAUUCGCUUCCUGAAAACCAUUCAAGAUGAAGGAUUGUAUGGUGUUCUUCGUAUAGGACCAUAUGCAUGUGCUGAGUGGAAUUACGGAGGAUUUCCUGUCUGGCUGCACAACAUGCCUGGAAUGGUGUUCAGAACUACAAAUAAAGCAUUCAUGGAUGAGAUGCAAAACUUCACAACUAUGAUAGUAGACAUGGUCAAGAAAGAAAAUUUAUUUGCAUCACAGGGUGGCCCAAUUAUUCUUGCUCAGAUAGAAAAUGAGUAUGGAAAUGUAAUGGGACCCUACGGAGAAUCGGGUAAAUCAUACAUUAAGUGGUGUGCAAACAUGGCUCAAUCUCUUAAUGUUGGUGUUCCAUGGAUAAUGUGCCAACAAAAUGAUGCUCCUCAGCCUAUGUUGAAUACAUGUAAUGGCUUUUAUUGUGACGAUUUUGUACCAAACAAUCCCAAUACUCCUAAGAUGUGGACUGAGAAUUGGACCGGAUGGUUUAAGCAAUGGGGUGGUAAAAAUUCUCAUAGAACAACCGAAGAUGUUGCAUUUUCUGUUGCAAGGUUCUUCCAAAGAGGAGGAACUUUUAAUAAUUAUUAUAUGUACCAUGGAGGCACCAACUUUGAUAGAACUGCUGGCGGUCCAUACAUCACAACUUCAUAUGAUUAUGAUGCUCCACUUGACGAAUAUGGUAAUUUGAAUCAACCAAAAUACGGGCAUUUGAAGCAACUUCAUGAUGUUCUUCAUUCUAUGGAAAAAAUUCUCACAUACGGAAACAUCUCCACCAUUGACUUUGGAAACUCUGCAUCGGCAACAAUUUAUAGAACCAAAGAAGGAUCAAGCUGCUUUUUUGGAAAUGGAAAUGAAAAUUCAGAUGCAACAAUUAGUUUCCAAGGAGAAUCUUAUGUUGUCCCGGCUUGGUCUGUUACCAUUUUACCGGAUUGCAAAAAUGAGGCUUAUAACACUGCCAAGAUUACCACUCAGACUUCAAUGAUGGUUAAGAAACCAAAUGAAGCUGAGGAUACUCCUUCAACUCUGAAAUGGUCAUGGAGGCCAGAGAACAUGGACAACUUCCUUCUGAAAGGAAAAGGAGAAUCGACACAGACACAACUAUUUGAUCAGAAAGUAGUAACCAAUGACCAAAGUGAUUAUCUAUGGUACAUGACUACCGUUAAGUUUAAAAAACGAGAUCCAUUUUUGGGUAAAAACAUGUCUCUUCGCGUCAACAGUACUGCUCAUGUCCUUCACGCUUUUGUCAAUGGAAAACAUAUUGGUAAUCAACACGUUGAGAAUGGAAAAUUUAACUAUGUAUUUGAGAAAGAUGUGAAGUUUAAGUCUGGUCGUAAUGUCAUUGCUCUUCUUAGCAUAACUGUGGGACUUGCUAACUAUGGUGCUUUCUUUGAAAGUAAGCCAGCUGGAAUCACUGGACCCAUUUCUAUUACGGGAAGAAAUGUUGAUGAAACUAUAGUUAAGGACUUGUCUGCUCAUAAAUGGAGCUAUAAGACCGGUUUAAAUGGGUUUGAGAACCAACUCUUUAGAACAGAAUCAGUGUCUAAAUGGUCAGUUGAAAGUGUACCUUUUAACCGAACCAUGACUUGGUAUAAGGCUACGUUCAAGGCUCCCUUAGGAAAUGAUCCAGUUGUUGUCGAUCUUCUGGGACUUGGAAAAGGUACAGCUUGGGUCAAUGGAAACAACAUUGGACGUUAUUGGCCAGCAUUCAUUUCAAGUGAAAAUGGUUGUGCUGCAAAAUGUAAUUAUAGAGGGCCUUAUCAUGCUGAAAAGUGUUUAACCAAUUGCGGAGAACCCACACAAAGAUGGUACGUUUUCCACAUCUUAUUAAGUUAUAUAAUCAAAUAUUUUAAUGUUAAACCUAAGAAAUUUUUACUGAGAUUUUUUUUCUUUGUUCUUUUUUUAAACAGGUAUCAUGUUCCUCGUUCUUUCUUGAAUGCAGAAGGAGAUAACACACUAGUUUUGUUUGAGGAGAUGGGAGGAAACCCAUCGCUUGUCAGUUUCCAAACUACUAGAGUGGGAAGUGUAUGUGCUAAUGUCUAUGAGAAAAAUUCUAUUGAGCUUUCUUGCGAUAGAAAACCCAUUUCUGCCAUCAAAUUUGCCUCAUUUGGUAACCCAUAUGGCAACUGUGGAUCUUUCGAAAAAGGAACUUGUGAAUCAAGUAACAACACGAUUGAUAUUCUCACACAAGAAUGUGUUGGAAAAGAGAAGUGUUCCAUUGAUGUAUCUACGGAAAAGUUUGGAGCACCAGAUUGCACUGGAUCUGUUAGAAGGCUCGCUGUCGAAGCUAUAUGCUAAGUGUUUUUCUAGAUUUACAGUGUUUUCUUUAUUAUAUUUCCAAAUUAUGCUAUAUUUUGUUUUCAAAGAUAUAAGUAUUUUUAAUCUUUACUUCUGGUGGUUUUAUUCAAUAAAAGAACACAUUCUUAUAUACAUUUUACACAGUCAUCCUUUUUCCAAAAAGUCAUGGUCAUUUCUUUCUCACCAUCCUCACUCUCUCUAAAAAAUUGAAUAAGUGUUCCUUCAAUAUUUGUUGUUUUUUCUCUUUAAUAUAUAACACUGAUUAAACUGUUCUACCUCAGUUGGUAAAUAACCAGUUUUAAUGUAUGAGUUCAAGUCUUAUUGUACAAUUUUUUCUUUUCUAUUUUGCAUUAAAUAAAACCUUGAACU